AUGGAGGUAAAACCAUGCCUCAGGAAAGUUCUUAGGCUUUUUGUGUCUCAUCAAGGGAUCGAGGUCAACCCAGACCAAAUCAAAUCUAUCGAGGGGAUACCGGAACUCUUAACCACCAAAAAACAAGUCCAAAGGUUGACUGGACGAAUCGCCACCUUAUCGAGAUUUAUCUUGCGGUCGUCGGAUAGAUGUCACAAAUUUUUUGGCAUUCUCAAAAAUGACAACAGCCUCGAAUGGACUCCCGAGUGCGCCCAGGCUCUACGAGAACUGAAGGAAUACCUAUCAUCACCACCCAUGCUUUCAAAACCCGAACAUGGGAAGCAACUUCUUGUUUAUCUAGCUGUCUUUGAGGAAGCGCUCGACCAGAUCCUACGGAUACAGAAUGUCGAGGCAGAUGGCCUCGCCAAACUGGCCGCAUCUACCAAAAGCACCACGACCGGUGUUAAAAGCGUAGUCUAUCUCCUCAACUCAUCACUAGACCAAAUCGAGGAUGGCACACUCCCAGGCGAUAAGAAAGAAGCCAAGAAACUAAGAAUGCAAGCGGCCAGAUACAGUCUCCUUCAUAACGACCUAUACAAAAGGACUUACGGCGGCCCUCUGACAAAAUCUUUGGGCCCGAACCAAACCCAGCGCGUCCUCGAAGAAGUAAAUGAAGGACAUUGUGGUGCUCACUUCGACAAUCAAGCACUGGUGGAAGCAGGAGCAUUUACCCAAAUACGGGAACAAGAGGUAAUCACCUUUAUAUGGAGAAACAUCAUCUGCAGAUUCGGCCUACCCAAGGAGAUCAGCUGUGACAACGGACCCCAGUUCACGGGAAAGAAAAUCGCCAAGUUCUUCGAGAAAUGGCAUAUUAAGAGGAUACUCUCAACCCCAUAUCACCCAAUGGGUAACGGGCAAGCAGAAUCCUCCAAGAAGUCCAUACUUAACAUCAUCAAGAAAAAGUUCGAAGACACCAAUGGACUAUGGCAAAAAUACUACCAGAAGUAUUAUGGGCCUACCGAACAACUCCAAAGAAGAGUAUAG